ACAGCUAAGACACGAGGACGGGAAUUGUGACAGAGACAACCAUGUUCUUGCUCAUUAGUUGUUUUGCCCUUGUGGCGUCUACUCUGGGCUGUGGAGUUCCUUCUAUCAAGCCCCAAGUGGGUGGAUACAACAAGAUUGUGAACGGAGUGACUGCUGUGUCUGGGUCCUGGCCUUGGCAGGUUUCACUUCAGGAUGGCGGAGGAUUCCACUUCUGUGGAGGAUCUUUGAUCAACCAGUACUGGGUCGUCACUGCCGCUCAUUGCCGUGUGUCUCCUAGAAACCACCGUGUUAUCCUGGGAGAACAUGAUCGUCAGUCUGGCAGUGAGCCCAUUCAGGUCAAGUCCAUUUACAGGGCCAUCAGUCACCCCUAUUACAACUCCCAGAACUUCAACAAUGACAUCACUCUCCUGAAGCUGUCCUCCCCAGUGCAGAUGACAUCCCGCGUAGCCCCAGUUUGCCUGGCCUCCUCCAGCACCAACAUCCCAUCUGGAACCUCAUGUGUCACCACUGGGUGGGGCAGAACUGGCCAGACCUCAAGCCCCCGUUACCUCCAGCAGACUUCCCUGCCUCUGCUCAGCCCUGCUCAGUGCAAGCAGUACUGGGGUUAUAACAGAAUCUCUGAUGCCAUGAUCUGUGCAGGUGCCUCUGGUGUGUCCUCCUGUCAGGGCGACUCUGGUGGCCCCUUGGUUUGUCAGAACAAUGGAGCUUGGUCCCUGGUGGGUAUUGUGUCCUGGGGUACCUCUAACUGCAAUGUGCGUGCCCCUGCUGUGUAUGCCCGUGUGUCCUACCUGCGCGGGUGGAUCGACCAGAUUAUUGCUUCCAACUAACACCUAUCAUCCAACACUUCAGCUCCUCACCAUGAUCACAGCAUCAAUAUUAACAAAUGCAAGGAUGUUAGUAUUAUGGUUACCAUGCAACAAAUAAAGCUUGUUAAAAGAAA